UUAUUAAAAAAGUUAGAACGUUUUUGUAAUCUUUUUUUGUUCAAUUAAAGUUUUUUUCUAAUAAAUUAUUCAAAAAAAUACCUAUUUCUAGACUGUAACGUAAACAUUACUUUAUUAUAAUUCUUGAAAUAAUUCUUUUCAAACAAACGAAAGUACCUAAUGGGUUUUUAUUUAUCACAAAAAACUAGUGUUUUUGUUAAAAUCAUUUUUAACUAUUAUAUACGUGUAAAUUAGUUCCUGAGUUUUUUUUUGUAUAGAUUAAAAUGGAAAAAACCACUAUAGACGCGUUUGCUGUUCAACAACUCCGUGUACCUUAUUAUCAAUUUUACAUUAAAAUAAUCAACUAGUACUUUAGCUUAUGUUAAUCCAAAAAAUAUUUGCAUUAGUCAUAUUAUUGGAGGAAAAGAUACAAACGAUAUCAUGUCUGAAGUUGUAUCGUUUUCUCCCGAUAUGAUUGUGAAAACUGAAUUCAAUGUAUCUGUUGGAAACAAUGAUGAUAACUCCAAUAAUAAUUUUGAUGAAAAUGGUGAUGCAGAAAACGAUACAAGUGGUUUACAUUCCAAUUACGAUACGACUUCAGAUGGAGGAACCUCUGUUCAUCGAUGUGAUAGGUGCGAUAAUUAUGAAACACAUAAUGAAUCCAAUUUAGUGUCACAUAUAGCUACUUGCCAAGGAAAUGAAAGCAAUAAUGAUAAUGAAUCGCAAACAAAUCGUAAAUUGUUUGAAUGUGAUAUAUGUAAUAUGAAAUUUUCAAACGGAGCUAACAUGAGAAGGCAUAAAAUGCGACAUACAGGUGUUAAGCCUUACGAAUGUAAAAUAUGCCAGAAGAGAUUUUUUAGAAAGGACCAUUUAGCCGAACAUUUCACUACUCACACAAAAACAUUACCAUUUCACUGCCCAAUUUGCAAUAGAGGUUUUCAGCGUCAAAUUGCAAUGAGAGCCCAUUUUCAAAACGAACACGUAGGACAACACGACAUGGUCAAGUCUUGCCCACUUUGUAAUUUCCGUGCGAGUUCUAUGAAAAGUUUACGUGUUCACUUUUUUAACAGACAUGGAAUCGACUUGGACAAUCCUGGUGUUGGAAUGAUGAAUUCUACUUCUACAAAUAAUUUGACUGUUGACUUCAAUAGUGGCAAUAUCAGUAACAGUGGAGCAUGCAGUGACAGCGGAGAAUCAAUUAGUGGUAAUCGUUCUGAAAGCAAUGCUACGCCACCUAUGCAUUUUCUUACACCGCAUGUCGAGAUAUCUAUGGCAGAACCAAAUCCACUAGAGUGUUCGUCUUUUAUUUCCCCACCUAUUGUUGACAAUAGCGUCAAAAGAGACAAUGUUCAAAAUGCCAACAAUGAAGAGGUGGUACUCGCCGAUAACGAUUGUCCAAAUUCUCCACAGUCUACAGAUUCAAAUUCAAACUUAACCACUUUACCAAUGUUGUCAGGCAACACCAGGCAAGAAGGUGAAGUAAGUACCAUUACACCGUCUGUUUCUCUGAUACCAAUAAAACAAGAACAAGGAGAAGAACCUUCGAGAAAAAGCAAUUUAAACGCUAGCCAUAAUGGAGAAACUGAAUCGGGACGUUAUCAAUCGGCCGCAAAUUUAUCAUCAUUAAUCAAACUUUCUCCAUUAAAAUCACUACUGCGUGAUGAGUUUAAUCGAAAAAUAAAUUUAAUUAAAACACCCGAAUCAUCGCAACCACCUAAUAACGACCCAAAUUUUUGGAAAUGUAUGGCUUUUAAAAAAACACUGCAGUGUUCAUUUUGUGGUAUCGCAUUCCCCGAUCAAACCCUUUACUUCCUUCACAAAGGGUGUCACUCAGAAACAAAUCCUUGGAAAUGUAAUAUUUGCGGAGAACAAUGUAGCAACGUGUAUGAAUUCAAUUCCCAUUUGUUAAGCAAAAAUCAUCAAUGAAUAAUGUUUAGUCAUUCAUUGCUACUGAUUGCCUUUUGAAAACAAUAAAUCUCCUUCAGAAAUUGUUAAUACUAUAAUUUAAAUUUUUUUUGUGUUAACAAAAUUUUAAAACUUAUUGUUACUACAAAAAAAAUUGUGUAUUGAAGUAAUGGUUCUAUCAUUUUUGUUGGAAGUAAUUAUUUCUUUGAAACAUAAAGUUUAACCAAAAGCAUUAUAACUUCAGUAUUAUAAAAACACUGUAUAAAAAUUGGUGUUCUUAACCUGUAUCUCAAAAUAACGAGUUACCUAACAUACUGUGCUGUCAGUUUAUCUUAUUUAUUUUAUUUAUCAACUUAUUAAACAUUCUAUAUUUUAUACAAAUUUUAAAGUAUGCUAUUAUGAUUCUUUUUUUAGUAUGAAUACUUUUGUUUUAAAUUUGUAAUAAUUUGCUUGAUAUUUUUCCAUGUUUCUUUUGUAGAGUGUUUAAUGUAUUGUUUGCUACUGGAUAUUCAAACUAGUUUUUUUGACAUUAAAAUUUCUCUAAAGCGUACUUCUUUAUUUUUUUUUUUUUUUUGUUGUAAUUAUUAUUUACUUAAUUGACUAUUUAUUUUAUAUAUAAUUACAAUAGUACAAAUAUAAUUUUUCCUGGUAUGAAAGUUGUACGUUUUCAUUUAUAGUCACUAUAAAACAUAUUGGUAUUAAUAUACCUACCUAUUUUUUUUUAAAGGACAGUUGACAGUUGACAGUUUUGGGUUUUUAUGUGAUUAAUUUCAGAUUAGUUGUUUUUGUUCAAGAGUUUUCUUCUUUUUUUUUUAGUUGUAUAAAACAAUUAUUAUUAUUUAGUUUUUAAGUACCUAUUAAAGAAUUUGAUAAAAUUUAACAUUUUACAUAGUUAAUUGACUAGUAUUUAUUCAUUAUUUUUAUUAUAUGAAUGUUUAUUUUACAAACAAGUUAUCCGUCCAAUGUGCCUUGUCAGUAUGUAAAUAUAAGUAAUGUUAUUUUUUUCAUUUAAUUAUUUAAAUAAGUAUAAAAUAAGUAUUUUAUUACUUGUUAAAAUCUUAAUACCAAUAAAUAUUAAAGCAAUGAAUAAUAAUAACUAUAGAAAUGAAAUAAAUUGUAUUUUAAUGCAACUAAAGGAUUGCUCAUAAACGUAAUUUGUACUCAACACAUUAUUGUAUUAAAAUUGUUGUUUUCCUAUGUAUACAAUUUGUAUGUAGUUCACGUGAAAAUAAAUGUUAUCUUUGAGACAACACUCUUUGUAUGUUAUAAAAAAAAGUAAAACCGCUAUGCAAUUUGAUUAGUUUAAUAUAAUGUAAAUUAUAAAAUAUGUAAAUACUUAAUUUGGUCCCAAACAUUCUUUUAAGAAUAUUUAAUAGUUAAUACUACGGAUUUCAGGGUUUUAUUAAUAAUAAAUUAGGUAGCAAUUUUUUUUUUUA